CGUCUUCUCAACCUUCUUUUCCUUCUUUGCUCGUCCUGAUCUCUCUUCUUCACCACCUCCACCGCCUUUCUUCCUUCUUCCUGCUUCAAUUCCCUGCUGAUCCUCAAUUACAAUGAGUUCUAAAGCUGUUAUUCUUGUCGGCGGCGGCACCAGAGGUACCCGCUUCAGACCGCUCUCCCUCGACAUGCCCAAGGUCCUCUUCCCCGUUGCUGGCCGCCCGAUCCUCUCCCACGCCCUCACCGCCCUCGCGGCCGUCCCGUCCGUCAAAGAAGUCCUCCUGAUCGGCUUCUACGACGACUCCGUCUUCAGCGACUUCCUCGCCGAGGCCUCCCGCGAGUUCCCCCAGUUCUCAAUCAAAUACCUGCGCGAGUACCGCGCCCUCGGCACCGCCGGCGGUCUCUACCACUUCCGCGACGCCAUCCUCAAGGGCAACCCCUACCGCCUCUUUGUCAUCCACGCCGACGUCUGCUGCUCGUUCCCGCUCAACGAGAUGCUGCAGAUGUUUGACGACAAGGAAGCAAAGGCCAUCAUCCUCGGUACCCACGUCGAGGCCGACGCCGCCCGCAACUUUGGCUGCAUCGUCACCGACGACAAAAAGCGCGUGAUCCACUACGUCGAAAAACCAGAGACCCACAUCUCGAACCUCAUCAACGGCGGCGUCUACCUCUUUGACCGCUCGAUCUUCGACGUCAUCGGCGCCGCCCGCGUCGCUAAAAUCGAGGACUCCGUCGCAGCCCAGUUCGACGACGAAGACGAGUCCCGCGAAGUCCUCCGCCUCGAGCAAGAUAUCCUCGUCCGCCUCGCGCAAACCGAAGGCUUCUACGUCUACGAGACCCGCGGCUUCUGGCGCCAGAUCAAGACCGCGGGCUCGGCCGUCCCCGCAAACUCGCUCUACCUGCAAAAGCUCUUCCAGCACGACAUCGACGCGCCCGGCCUCGCCAAAGCCUCCGCGUUCAUCAUCCCGCCCGUGUACAUCGACCCCACCGCCUCUGUCGAUCCGACCGCAAAGCUCGGACCAAACGUCUCGAUCGGCCCCCGCGCGCGCGUCGGUCCCGGCGUGCGCAUCAAGGAAGCGAUCUUGCUCGCCGACACCGAGGUCAAGCAUGACGCCAACGUGCGCUACUCCAUCCUCGCGCGGGGAGCUAAAGUCGGCGCGUGGGCUCGUGUCGAGGGAAGUCCCAUCACCCUCGACGAGCACCAGACCGUCAUGGUCAAGAACGGCGCCCGCGUCCAGAAUAUCUGUAUCCUGGCUCGCGACGUCUACGUCGCUGACGAGGUCCGGAUCCAGAACUGCGUGGUCUUGCCUCAUAAAGAUAUCAGAACCGAUGUCGUCAAUGAGAUUAUCAUGUGAAUAUCUCAACCUGUGAUCUGGCUAUUUAGCUAUUUGUAAAGAAACUUUGUAUUAUUUGUGUGAUUAUAUAUAGACUAUAUCAAUAAAUUGACUAUAUCAA